AUGACACAAAAAUUAAACGUGGCAGCACUAGUUGAGCGAGAAAACGUACAAGAGACGACGAGUUUUAAAAUAAUAAUAUCGGAAAUGGUGAAAACGUGCGCGAGAUGUGAAAAAACUGUGUAUCCAAUUGAGGAAUUAAAAUGUUUAGACAAGAUUUGGCACAAACAAUGUUUCAAAUGUCAGGUUUGUCAAAUGACUCUCAACAUGAGGAAUUACAAAGGAUUUAAUAAGGAUCCAUAUUGCGAGGCGCACAUACCGAAAGCGAAAGCUACGACGGUUGCGGAAACUCCCGAAUUCAGACGAAUAGCGGAAAAUACAAAAAUACAAUCGAACGUGAAAUACCACGAAGAUUUUGAAAAAACGAAAGGGAAAUUCACGCAGGUCGCAGACGAUCCGGAAACCCUACGGAUAAAAGCCAAUUCUAAAAACAUAAGCAACGUUGCGUACCACGGAGAACUCGAAAAGAAAGCCGUCAUGGAAAAGCUUAGAAACAUGGGAGGAGAAAAUGGACAUAACGAAAGUGGAAUCGGUAAUAACAACUCGCAACAACAACAACAACAACAACAACAACAAAUGGAUAGAAGUUAUGGAAUACAGCAUAAACCGGUUUAUCACGAAUCUCAAACGAAUUCUUCGUAUCCGAUGAGGCAAAGUUCGACGGUUAUUUACACGUCCGACAGAGGACCGGUGUCAAGUUUACCCGAUAGGAGAAUCGGUUCGAUACACGAUUUGGAUCCUGUCAAUGAAUUUUACGGUUCGUUAGGAGACAGUGCAAAAAGUUCCGGAACGGAUUAUUACGGAAGGAAUUACAUGAUGUCGCAAAAUAACGGACAGCAACAGUCACAGCCACAGCCACCACCACAACAACAACAACAACAACAGUAUCAUCAACAACCUUUGCAACAGCAACAACAACAACAGCCGCAAUAUCAACAUCAUCAGCAACCUUUGCAACAACAACAACCGCAGCAACCAAAAUAUCAAACACCCGAGUACGCGUAUUCCAAUAAUCAAACCCAACAGCAAUACAAUAGAAACGUAAUGAACGGACACCAAAGAUCAUCCGGACAGAAUAUGAGUUACACAAAUGAUUACACUCAAAAUAGUUUACCAGAACCUCAGCAGGAUGUUUCCGUUCGUCAACAAGUUCGAAAUUCCGGGAGAGUUUUCCGAGCCAUGUACGAUUACAAAGCUCAAGAUUCCGAUGAAGUUUCUUUCAUGAACGGUGACCUCAUCGUCAAUUGCACGCCCAUAGAUGACGGUUGGCUUAUCGGUGUCGUCAAAAGAACCGGACAAAGCGGAAUGAUUCCUGCUAAUUACGUCACGUUGGCCAUUUAA